AUGCCCACUAUCCCGGACACACCACUAGCUGCCAGCACUCUCGAGGAAAGAAUGGAUAGCGUGGGGAGAACCCAAGAGAGACUCCUGGGGCUUAUGGAGCAAUUGAGAGGGGAUGAAGAAGCCGAAAUUGUUAUCGGAGGAGCGACAACCAUCAUGACUGUCCUUCCCGAAAUGGCCCGCAUGACGCUGGGCAACCUCCAGCUGACCGACGGCAUCUACUUCACCAUGACGCCCAACGCCUUCACCAAGCCCGAGGAAAAGCUCGAGUGGUGCCUCUACUUCGCCAUCCGCUGCCUCAACGGCACCCCCCGUCUCGGACCUGAUCCGGGAGGGCUUCCACUGGUCCAGAAAGAACAUCAUCACCUCCGACACUAUCUACUACCACGACGAGAAGAACAGCCGCCAGCGCCGCUUCUGGCACCUUCGCGAGUUUGCGGACGAGGCCCCAUCCUACUCCCGCUGGAUAAUGCAGAUCGCCUUCCAGUCCGCCAAGCUGGAAACCUGCGCAAAGUUCUGCCUCGACGACACCACCCCCCACCACCGCAAGAUCCAACACGCCUUUGCCAUGCCAAGAACAGAUACGGCAACACCGUCUUUUUGUACACCCGUGACGAGUCCAACCCUGUUGUCAUCAACUGCGUGCUGGAGGAUGCGGGGCAGAACAAAGACUUGACCAAGUGGCUGUAGUCGAUGGUGUGCAUCGAGGGUUCCGUUGGUGGUGAAAGGAAGCGUUCUCCGCGGCAAGGAAAGGAGAGGAGGGUCCAAGAGGGCUGCCGGUGUGAACCUCGCCUCAGUAUAACGAGGAGGAGGAACAGCAAGAGCGUGUCGUCAAGACAGCCCCAUUAGAGACUGCCAACAAAUUUGCGAGCAUGCUUGACGAAAUCAACAAGAUCACGACGGAUACUGCUUGGCCUUUACCUUGAGACGAGGUUGUGAGGUCUUGUACCUGGACGCAGGCAGACCGACUAUGUGACCGCCUGAUGAUGAGGCUGGAGAAAAGAAGGCAGGGGGGAGGGCAAGGUAACCUUUGGGUUACCCAAAGUCGAACCUUAUGUGGUUGGCAGUUUGUUUAGUGUUUAGUGCUUCAUUU